GGGGUGGCUCCAAGCGCGGGCACGACUGCGUCCGUCCGGUGAGUUUCAGCUCCUCUGGUAGUCUGGUUACGGUGGUAGUCUGGUUACAGUGGUUGUCUGGUUAAUUAUUCUAGCAUAUUUUGCAUUGUGUUGUCCGAUGUGCCUUAGGGGCUGUAUUCUAUUGAUUCAUGAGAGAAGAGUGAGGCUUGAUGCUGUAUGAAUAAGACUGGUGCAUGAUUACUGUUUUUUUUGCUUCAAUGCUCCGUACCUAUGUGGCUGAGAGUAUUGUGCCUGAACUUUAUACCUAUAUUUGUGUUCCAUAUGCAGGAUGGAUCCAAAUUCAAGUUAUUUUCUGAAAAUUAGAUUGGUUGGCAACAAGAGAAAUGCUAGGAAAGAAAUCAAAUGUUUCUAUUUUGAGAAGAUGAUUGAUUCUGACUUGACAAAUUAUAAGGAUUUGGUUGAAUCAAUUGUAGAUGAGUACCCGCCAAGAUAUUUGGAAGUUGCACAUGUUCAAUACUACGAUGAUGUUCUGAAAAUAUUUCCAGAAGUGAAAACUGACCAAGACUUAAUGUUUAUGUUUGAGAAAUUCUCGAAGACAAAGGUUGUCCAAAUGUUUAUUUCUUAUUGUGAUCCUGCUGAGCCAUAUGAGCCUAUAACUGAAUAUUCAAGUGAUUUCUUUACCCAAACCGAACACAACAUAGAACAAGACGAUGAUAGUUACCUUCGCAACCCAAUUCCUGAGAAUGAGCAUGUUGGUAUUGAUGAGGAAAAUCUAUAUCUAGAGAAAGAACCUACACUUCUAAAUGUGGUUCUUUUUUUUGAUAAUGACAAGGACACUGAAUAUGUUCCCGAGGAUGACAGUGAGUAUGGCAGCGAGGAUGAGUGUGAGAUAGAGGAGGAUGAGCCUGAAAUAGAGGAGGACGAGGAGGUGCAUGAGGCAGAGCAUGCGCCAACUGUAGAGUACAAUAAAGAAGACCCUCCAAUGGCCGAAGGUUCCAAGUAUCCCAAUAUGGCUGAGUUUAAGUUGGCCCUUUCUCAGCAUGCAGUCAAAUAUGAAUUUGAAUACAACAUUCAGAAAAGUGCACAACAUAGGUUUAGGGCCUAUUGUAGAAGAAGGGAUGAAGAUAAAUGCCCAUGGAGGAUAUAUGCUUCCACAACAGAUGAUAUGUGCACUGUAGUGGUGAGAAAAAACCCUUGUGAUCAUGAUUGCUCUAGUACAACAAGGAAAAAGAAAGUGAAGAAUGCAACUAAGCAUUGGAUAUGUGAGAAGGUCAAGGAUUGGCUCAUUGAAGAUGCAACUCUCGGAGCCACGGCAUUGCAGCAGAAGCUUAAAGAACAUUACAAGGUCAAACUCCAUUACAAGAGAGUAUAUAUGGGUAAGCUGCUAGCUUUGAAGCAACUAUAUGGUGAUUGGGAUAGCAGCUUUGACAACUUAUAUAGGUUUAAGGCACAAGUUGAAAGUUGUUCUCCUGGUAGCACAGUGCAGAGUGAACAUCAAACAAUAAAUGGUAAAAUCAGGUUUAGAAGAAUUUUUAUUGCUUUGAAACCUUGCAUAGAUGGGUUCAUUAAUGGUUGUAGACCAUAUUUGGCAGUAGAUAGCACAUUCUUGACGGGAAAGUUUAAGGGGCAGCUGGCUAGUGCUACCGCUGUUGAUGGGCAUAAUUGGAUGUAUCCAGUUAGUUUUGGAAUUUUUGAUUCCGAAACAAAUGAAAAUUGGAUUUGGUUUAUGCAAAUGCUUAGGCAGACCAUAGGAUCACCAACUGGUUUAGCCAUAUGCACUGAUGCUGGCCAGGCAGUGAUGGCAGGGGUAAAAGAAGUGUUCCCAGAGGCUGAACAUAGGGAAUGUAUGUUCCACUUGGUGAGCAAUUUCAAGAAGAAGUUCCACGGGAAGGUUUUUGAUGAUCACCUUUGGGCUGCUGCAUACUCAUGGAACCCGUAUCUGUUUGACAAACAUUGGGUUGCAAUGGAGGCAGCAAAGCCAGCCGCAACUGCAUAUAUAAAGAAGUGGCACAAUAGGCUAUGGUCGAGGAGCCAGUUCUCCACAAUAUCCAAGGUGGACUACGUAACCAACAACUUGGCAGAGUGUUUUAACAAUUGGAUUAAGCACCACAAGUCCUUGAACUUGGAUGACUUCAUGGACAAGGCUCGACAGUUAUUGAUGAUCAAGUGGAACGAAAGGAGAACUGUGGGAAAGAAGUUGGAUGGACUAAUUCUGCCCCACAUAAUUAAGAAGCUGAAUGCAAUGACUAGAGAAUUAAACUUGGAGGUGGUACAGAGCUCGGAAGAAGUGGCUGAAGUGACCGCAUUAGGAGGCAGCGGCUUUAGGUUUGUGGUCAACUUGCAAGAGAGGACAUGUUCUUGUAGACAAUGGCAAGUUUCUGGCGUUCCUUGCAAACAUGCUCUUGCAUUCAUUACAUCACUUAGCAAUGCACAUAUACGGGACUAUGUUGACUUGUAUUACUCCACUAACAAGUUUAGAGCAGCAUAUGCCCAACUAAUACCCGCUAUGCCUGACAAGACCCAAUGGCCUAAAUCAGAUCAUGGAUUCUUUAUGCAUCCACCACUUCUAAAAGCCACUGCUGGUAGGCCUAAAACCGAGAGGUAUAAAGGCUGUGGCGAGAAGAAAAGAAAAUCAGGCCAACACCUAUGUCCUAUUUGUAAGGGAUAUGGGCAUCAUUGGCACAAUUGUAAAAAGGGUAACCCAGAUGACAUCGCUGCAAUGUUGGAAGUGAGAGGGCCACCAAAGAAGAAGGUAAAGAGCACCAUUGUGCCAUAUGUGGAUGAAGCACCAACUAGGAUGUGUUUUCCACCUACCCAAAUCCUUGAAACUACAACAAUAAAGGAAAAGGCUACACCAAAAUCUAGUACUGGAACUUUUAAAAGGUUAAAAACCAGCUCAAGCCAACCAAUGCCCAGCGAGAAAAACCUUCCUGUGAAGGCAAAAGCUAAGAAAAAGAAGAAAGAUGCCACUGUGAUUCCUACUGCGCCACUUGAUAGCCCCGCAAUGAGUACAAGAAGCAAAACUUUCAUCCCCGCUAGCCCUGCAAUGAGCACAAGAAGCAAAAGAAGGCUCAGCUUGUGAUUCUAAUGUGUUCUGUUCAUGUACUGUGUCUAAUGAGAGGUGCUUCUAUGCUUUGCCAUGUGAUUUUUGUGGACUUUACCUCUCACAUACAUGAUGUAAGUGAGACUAAGUGAAACUGGAGGUGCUUUUGGACCUGAUCGUGUGAUGUAUUUGGACUAGACCUCAACUAUGAUAUAAACUGUAGGAUCAGUACUGAUAUUGCAUUGUUAUAAAAUGUCUAUGCAUAUAUAUCUUAA